UCAAUUCAUGUGAAGUUUUAUAAACAUUUAUUUUAUUAAAUAUUUUAUAGUAUGUUUGUUAUGAACGUGUACAUUAUGAUAUUAUUCAUAUGCGACACAUUAGCAUAUUACAAGAGUGGGCCAGAAUUGAUUUCGCCGAAUGUCGGAACUGUGUUAUUCACGCAAUCGGAUUUGAAAAAGAAACACUGGAGUAAAGACAAAAUUAAACUUCUUCAGGCUCGAAAACAUAUACAAGGGCUAAUUCCUUACCCCUAUACUUUUGGUACUAUAAAUGAAGACUAUUUAAACAUGUUGCUUACCUAUUUCAAAGAAUCCUUCAGAACUGUUAAAAGAGAAAUAAAAAAUUCUGAAAUAAAUAAUAUGAUGAACAUGGCUCUGUCUGACGCUAUUGGAGGAUACUUUAAGGUGUGGGUCCUACCUAUUACUAAAUUUGCCUACUACGGAGGAACAAUAUCGAUGGAUAAAACAAUCAAUGUAUUCAAAGUUUACGAAGAUAUUAAAAGAAAUCUAAACACUGACGGGCAUAGUUGGCGCAACCCAAAUGAGAAUCUACUAAAAUCGGUUGAAAUUAAUGUACUUCCUCGGCCACGUAAAACUCUUACGAGAAGCAUGGAGAAUCUUUGCAAACAUCUAGCAUAUUAUGAAAAAACCGAUACAGACUUCUCAAUACCCCUACCGGUGAUAAAUUGGGAUAUCAUUCCCAUAACUAUAUUUGUACCCCUUAAAAAUCAAUCUCUCGUACCAAUUUCAUCUCCUAAUUCUUCUAUGAUACUGUUUAAUUAUUACGACAUUGCAGAAAAUUGCACGCAGGCACAAAGUUCUGCAAGUUCUGACCAUUUUAAGCGUAAAUUUCAGACAUGGCUUUCAAAUGACGUUGCUCCACAUUUAAAUGAUGAUAAUUUGUAUUUAGCUUUCGGAAGUAUACUUAGUUUAAUGAAUGAUACUAACAAGUUUUGUGGAAAAACUAAACUUUAUAAUAGUGAAAAUGAGAGAGUAAAAUCUGAAACACUAUCCGGAAUCAAGUCGUCAUUACAGGAAUCUCCAAAAAAAUAUUUGAUUAUCGCCAUUAUACUUUUCGUGGAACUAAUCUGGUGUAUUCCCUCCUUAUUUUACGUCUUUUGCUAUAAUAAAAGGCAAGGAGGUAUCAAAGAUAAUAUUUUAAGAUUCUUUAAAAAAAAACGUGGACCCUACAAAAUCUUCUCAUAUUACACGCAAAAUCGGAAACAUGAAAGUAACUUUUUAGAUAAAAAUAAACCAGAGAACGGCGUGCAACUUUUUAUUAAGCCUCGGCAAAAAAAAUUGAAGUCAGAUAUUCAAUACCCUUCUUCCAAAACCAAAUAUGUGUCUGUUAAAAGUAGUAAAUCAUAUUGCAAAGGUAUGGUUAUUGAACAAACUAUGGCAAAUACAUUUCCCAAGAAAUCAUCUUUGAAAAAAAUACUACCAGAAUUGACUAGUAUCGAAACUGGAUUUUCAAACAAAAAUUAUAGUAAGCCUAACGAUAUUCAAAAGUUAAGUAAAGUAACUAGAAAAUCGGAAGCGACUAAACGAGAUCUAGAAGGAACAAGAACGUUGACUUUAUCACAAGAUGAACGAACAAUAAAAGAAAUUAAUUAUUCCCAAGAAAGUACUUUUAAACAAUCGAUAUCACAAUGCAAGUGUCGUUGCAUAGUAAGAAGUUCAAAAAACUUACUUAACCACUGUUCUUGUACUUCGUGUGAGAAGAGAAGAAAAGACAUUAUCGUUACUGAUAAUAUAGACCAAUCAAAAUCAUCUAACGUGAACCCAGAAAUAAAAUCAACAUUGGAAAAAGUCAAAAGAAAAGAAAAGAAAGAACUAUAUCAGGCUAUAAUGCAUACACAACUAGAUGAAAAAACCUAUAAGGUGAUUAGUGACAAGGAUGAAAUAAAAAAAGAUAGCAAUAGGACACCAAAACUUAAAAAUAAAAAGCCACUCCUUCGCAUCAGGAUAGAGAGACCUCGAACUGAAAUAAAAGUAGGUAUUAGUAGCUUUAGAGAACAUUUGAUUAGUAAGCCGAGUAAAAUACCGAGACUAGCCGUUAGAAGAGAAACAAAAAGAUCACGUCUAAUUGAAAAUAAAGCAGCAACUUCUUUGCAAAAUACUGACAGAUCAAAAGUUACCAAAAUAAUUUUACGAAAAACGAAUUUAAAGGACACCCUAGAUGAUACGGCUAUCAAACGAACUUCAACGAUCGAUAAGAAAUUAAACUUAACAGUGUAG